AUGCAGGUUCAAAACAGCAUCAACUCUCUAUUCAUUCUCCUUCACGAUACCUACCACAAUUCCCAUUCGUUUACUCUCACCUACGUCCAGAUUGCUGGCUUUCCCCUGUUGCCACCGACCGAUCGGCAGCCGCCUGUGCUCGGCCUGUCGGCGCCGCCGGGUGCACGGUCGAAGACCAUUAUCGAGCACCUAGAAGACAUCAAAACCGACGUGCUUUGCUCUGCGCUUGUCGGAAAAGACAAGACUGACAUCAUCAAAUUGGUCGAUAUCACUGUGGGCAAUGAAAUGAUCCAGCGGGAGUGCGACAAAAUCAUGGAGAAAGUGAAGCAACAGCUCCAGCACAUCGACGACUCCGGCAAGGCCCAUGACGAGGUCGAAAAGCACGUCCUCGACCUAUAUAAGAAGUGUCUAGACCUGUUCGAGGCCGUGGAGAAGGAGUACCACAAGCAUACCAAGUCUGGGUUUAGCGUCUGGGGCAUUCUGUGGAACAUCAUCGGGGCCCUGUUGGCCGCGCUGGGCAUCAGGACCAUAGCGGAUAUGUCCAUCGACUCUCUUAAUGGCCUCGGCGACUCUCUUGGUGGCCUCAUCGGCAAUUCGCACGAGUCGACCGAGUUAUAA